AAUGGACUGAUCAAAUGAAACCGGGGACUAUCGACGUUCAGCAUGUGGACGAUAGCUACUUUCCAGAACUGAAGACAAUGUGCAUCAAUGGCAAAUGUGCAAGCUGGGGCCAUAUCCACUCGUUGCUCCAUUUUACUUGAUUUCCUAGAAUGUUUUAAAUUCAAAGCUUUCAACUUCUGAAGAUAAGAAUUUGUUCCUUGUUUUUCUGAAAAAAAACUUAAAUGAUUUGGCUACCUACUUUGCAGCCACUAUGAGUAGUACUUUAGGUAAAGACAAAGACUGCAAAGAAAAGGACCCCAAAGUCUCUUUGGGCAAAGACAAGGAAAGGGAUACCAAGGCCUCUGGUAGUUUUGGAAAAGAAAGCAAAGAGAAAGAAUCCAAAACGAAAGGGAAAGAUGUGAAAGAUGGAAAGAAGGAAUCUAGUGGAGUACAACCCGGAGUGCAAUUCCAAGUGGACAAUACAAUAAAACGUCCAAAUCCAGCGCCAGGGCGUAAAAAAUCAAGCAAUGCCGAAGUGGUGAAAGAGUUAAACAAGUGCCGUGAAGAGAAUGCAAUGCGUUUGGACUUGGCCAAGAGGUCUAUUCACACGCUUCCAACAUCAAUCAAGGAACUGACCCAAUUAACUGAACUUUAUUUGUAUAGUAACAAGCUGCAGUGUUUGCCAGCAGAACUGGGAUGUCUUGUGAGCUUGGUCACACUGGCACUAAGUGAGAACUCGCUCACAAGUUUGCCUGACUCUCUUGAUAACUUGAAGAAACUCCGAAUGCUUGACCUACGGCAUAACAAACUUCGAGAAAUCCCUGCGGUUGUAUACCGACUGGUUUCCCUUACCACUCUCUAUCUGAGGUUUAACCGUAUUACUACUGUGGAGAAGGACAUCAAAAACCUAUCCAAACUUACAAUGCUGAGUAUCCGAGAGAACAAAAUUAAGCAGCUACCUGCUGAGAUAGGUGAAUUAUGUAGCCUCAUAACACUGGAUGUGGCUCACAAUCAGCUUGAACACCUCCCAAAAGAGAUUGGUAAUUGCACGCAGAUCACAAACCUUGACCUACAGCAUAAUGAGUUACUUGACCUGCCGGAAACCAUAGGUAAUCUGUCAAGUCUGAGUCGUUUAGGUCUGAGAUACAACAGACUGUCAGCUGUACCCAAGUCACUCGCCAAGUGCAGUGAACUGGAUGAACUUAACCUUGAGAACAACAAUAUCUCGACCUUACCAGAGGGUCUUCUAUCAAGCCUUGCAAACCUGACCAGUUUAACCUUAGCACGGAAUUGCUUCCAGUCGUAUCCAGUCGGUGGACCCUCACAGUUCUCAACGAUCUACUCUCUUAAUAUGGAGCACAACCGCAUCAAUAAAAUCCCCUUUGGAAUCUUUUCCAGGGCUAAAGUGUUGAGUAAGCUGAAUAUGAAGGACAAUCAGCUAACUUCACUUCCAUUGGACUUUGGAACCUGGAUAAGCAUGGUGGAACUAAACCUUGCCACUAACCAGCUCACAAAGAUCCCAGAGGAUGUGUCUGGACUGGGUUCAUUAGAGGUUCUGAUACUAUCAAAUAACCUUCUGCGGAAAUUGCCUCAUGGCAUUGGGCACUUAAGAAAACUGCGAGAGCUGGACUUAGAAGAAAAUAAGCUUGAAUCUCUUCCAAAUGAAAUUGCUUACCUUAAGGAUCUACAGAAACUGGUCCUGACAAACAACCAGCUGACCACACUUCCAAGGGGAAUCGGUCACCUGACCAGCCUGACCCACCUUGGCCUAGGAGAGAAUUUACUGACUCAUUUACCUGAGGAGAUCGGUACACUGGAAAAUCUGGAGGAGUUGUAUUUAAAUGAUAACCCAAACCUGCACAGCCUUCCCUUUGAGCUGGCCCUCUGCAGCAAGCUGUCCAUCAUGAGCAUUGAGAACUGCCCGCUCAGCCACCUCCCUCCACAGAUUGUAGCCGGUGGCCCGUCCUUCAUCAUCCAGUUCCUGAAGAUGCAAGGCCCUUACCGAGCCAUGGUCUGACCCGAGUCAAGAUGUUGCAUACACUGUACAAAAUAUAAAUUGCAUUAUUGUCAUUAUAUAUAAAAGCAAUUUUACUAAGACUGCAGUAUGUGUUUCUGCUAAUAGAGGAAUCGUAGCCAUUUAGAAUUUUUUAAAAACCUGCAAAGAAUUCAAGUGCUGGAUUGAGGUUUCCUCACAGAAUUAAAUGGGUGUACGUCAGUGUAAGCAGUACAGUUUUUGUGUGUGUGCGUGCGCGUGGGGAGUGGGGGGAUUAUCUUGUGAAAUCAUAAGCAUGGUUUUUGAUAGUACACGUUUGAGAUACUAUCUGCGUAUUUAAUACACAGCGUAGUAUUUUCUUUAUAAUUAUCUUCUUGUGCUUAAAAUGGCAAGUGUAGGACCAGGGAAAUCCUUGCCUCAAGAUGUACAUGCUUAUCCCACACUUGCCCCUUUCCUGCUGGCUACCUUGCACCUGCCCAAUCCUUAGCCUUUGUUUUCUCUGUAGCCAGGGUCUAAAUCAUUGCAAAGGGCUUGAAGUGUUCCGGCUCUGCCUCUCCCAGACUGAUUGGAAUCGAGGAGGAAAGGGAAAGCUUAGGCGAACAUUAUUAAAUGUCUAAUAAAUAAUCUAAAAACUUAUCAAAGGGUGAAGUGUAUGUGUGGUGUGGGCAGGAGGUGGGAACAAAGAGAAACUGAGGUGAAAAUAGGUGGAGAUGACGGGAACAGUUUAAGAACGUAUGUCAAGGGAUAGAACAAAACUUAAAACCAAAGAGGGAAAAAAAAAGGAACCUGCAGAACAUUAUACAGGUUUCUGUCACACGUAGGUCUUCGCUAUUUUUGAAAAAGACUUCCUGAAUGUUUUUGGGGAGUAAAUACUUUUUUCCCUCAAAACAUUUGUGUCAUUUCCAAAAAAAUUUCCAUACCUACUCACUCACUGAGAUUUGCCAAUUGAUUUCAACAGUGUUGAAACUGACAGGUGUACAUAUAAUGUGGAUACUGGUCAUGUAGUGCAUUGCUUAAUAGUUCUCCUAUAUUGUGGCGUCUCUAGUGAAAACAAUAUGGCUUUCAAAGUGGUUUAUAUUCCACUUCUAUUUUACCCCUUCCCUCUCCCCUUGCAGUGAGAAUAGAUGAACAGCUACAGAACUGGAGAGCAAUCAAUCAAGGAACGUUCUUGCACUCAGCUACAAUUGUCCCAGUGACCCAAUAAGAGUAUGUGGGGGGUGGGGGGAUGUCAAUGUAGCGAAGCAAUUAACAAGUACUUGUAAUACUUCCCUGUGGAAAAAAAAUAAGUCUUGACCGUUUGUUGUGGGGCUCUGGAUAUAUUACAUAUGUACCGUUACUCCAAAGCCUUGUGACACAACAACCUUUUUCUUCGACUCUUUCCAAGCAUGCCUGUUGGCCUGUAUCAAACGUUUGCUUUGUUAUUCCGGGGUUCAGUAUUUUUACCAACCCUUCAUGCUGCAUUGAAGCAUGAUUUUCUUCAUACUGUGUUUUUUGCUGCUGCUGCUGCUGCUGCUGCUACUGCUGCAUGCAUGUGUGUUUUUGAAAUAUUUACAGGUUUUGAGACUAUUGGGAGUAUGAACAAUUCCUUUCAGUCUCUUAAUGUCCAGUGAAACCAUGGUAAGGGUUAUGAUCAUUUGUUAGGAAAUGCUCUAUAAAUGAAGAAAUGCUUACUAUUAAUAUAACAAAAAAAACUGU